AAUAGUGAGAAAGAGUAUAUGAUUAAACCAGAGAUUAUAAAAUGAUUUGAUUGCCCAAACAAUGUUUCAAUAGUCCAACUCAAUCCAAUUUUAUUACUUAGUGUGAAAAUCAUAAGAAACUGCUCCUGCAUCCCUCUCUUAUCUCAAUUGUGAACCAAUUCUAUUUAAGAGAGAAAGGAAAAGAACUAAUCUAAAUUUCUUAUAUUUGUAUUCUGCUAGAUUACUGUGCUACUUGAACACAAUGUCCACAGCUGUUACUCAGCAACCUCAACAUUUAGCAUUAUUCGGAGAAUACAAACGUUGGUUGCGUUUGUCCCUUUAUACAAUCUUUCUUCUGGUAGGCCAAUGCACAGCCACACUUUUGGGAAGGUUCUACUUUGACAAAGGUGGUAAAAGCAGAUGGAUUGCAUCAUCUGUUCAAUCUGCUGGGUUCCCUAUACUAAUUCCACUCCUAUUAUACUCCGACAAAUCAACCAACCAUGAUUCCUCCAAAACCAAAACCGAACCAAGACGUUUAGUCAUGAUUUCCUUGUACAUAGGUUUUGGUCUAAUGUACACAGGAAUGGACCUUUUGUAUGCAUAUGGACUUUCAUAUCUUCCUCUUUCCACUUUUGCCUUAGUUUGUGCCACCCAACUAGCCUUCAAUGCGGUAUCUACUUACUUACUCAAUUCCCAAAAGUUCACUGCAUUGAUAUUGAACUCUAUAGUUGUUCUUACUAUGUCAGUUAUCCUAAUCGCACUCAACACUGAAUCCGAGGACAGAAAGGACCUUCCCAGAGAGAAGCAACUAAUUGGGUUCUUUUGUGCCCUUGCUGCAUCUGCCACGUUUGCUUUACAACACUCUCUCUUGCAGCUCUAUUUUGUGAAGGUUGCAAAGACCGAAGAAACCUAUUCUUCUCUGUUGAGGAUGAAUUUUUACCCCAUGCUCGUUGCUACAGUCGCUGGCCUUGUGGGGUUGUUUGGAAGCGGAGAUUGGAGAAGUAUGGGAAGAGAGAUGAAGGAGUUUAAAUACGGUGGAGUGUCUUACGUAAUGACUCUGGUUUGGAUUGCUGUGACAUGGCAAAUAGCGUGCCUUGGUAUGUUAGGGUUGAUUUUUGAGGUAUCUUCAUUGUUCUCUGUUGUCAUCGGUAACUUGGAACUAACCAUAACUCCUAUCCUUGCUGUCUUUGUGUUUCAUGACAAGAUUUAUGGGGUGAAGGUUAUAGCCUUCUUGUUAGCUAUAUGGGGCUUUCUGUCCUAUAUAUACCAACAUUAUCUCGAUGACCAAAAGGCCAACCAAGAUAAAACUGAUGAUGGCCUUGGGCUUUCAAAGGUAGAAGAACAAACUUGAUAAUAGAACAGCACAAAUAAAGUUUUUCAAAACUAUUUUUAUGCAUUGAGUUUAAGCACAAAUUAAAGCAUAGUUUUUUUUUUCUAUUAUAGUUGAUUUUUAUAACGAUUAAUUAGUUGAUAGUAUAAUUGUUUUUAUACCAAGAGUAUAUACAAUUUAACUUCGGCAAUGCAUAAGGAAUACAACAAUAGAUGUAACUUGAAGUCUGAACAAACCUUCUAUACAUACCGCCUAACAUCUCUUGUUAGCUUUCUGUACGGUAAUGAUAAUAUCUUGUCCUCGUGUUGCCAUUGGCGCAUAU